AUGACUCGGCAUAAAUUUGGCUUGCCCAACUUUUCGGCUCAACAUCCUCCCUUUCCCCCUCUCUCCUUCACCUCUGCUCCACAGGGUGCCGUCAAUCUGGCACCCUUCCUGACCUCUGCCGGCAUGGCCCACGCAUCGAGUCCCGGCCUGGGCCAACCGGUUCCCCACUCGGCCGCGGCCGCCACCCUCUCCCGGUCCCCGGUCUCGGGGGGGCCAUCGUCAGCCUCGGCCCAACAGCAACCACCAGCACCGACACCAGCACCUCCGCCCCACGCAAUCACUAUGGCAACGGCCGCCUAUAAUCAGGCGGCUGUAGUUGCGGCCGCCGCGGCUGCAGCCGCGGCAGCAGCUGCCGGUGGCGGCUACAUCAGCCUACCCCACGCCGGGGGACCCCCGUCGGUGAUGUCGGCGCCGCCGGGAGCGCACCACCACACGGGGGGACUGGGCCUGCAUCCGGCCAAACGACCCGCCCUCUCGGGCACCCCGAAUGGCUCCACGGGCUCGGGUUCCGCAGCCUCCGGCAACGGACCCGCCACGGGACUCGAGCUCAGUCUGGCCAUGGGCCUCGGCCUCAGCGGCGGUGGCAACGGCGGCAACGCUGCUUGCCCGAGUUCCAGUCCCGGGCCCGGACCCGGACACGGGCCUGCCGAAGUCGCCGGAGUCGUGACGGGGGAUGCACGAGGCCUUUUGAUGAAUGGUGUCAUGGGCCUCUUGAAUGGUCCCGGCUGCCUUUCACGUGGAUAUGUACCAGCUACGGUCGGUUCAGAUCUGGCCAGCUCACGCGUGGCCAGCUCCACGGCGACUCCGACCACCGAAGUCACGGUGACCGGGGCGUCGGUGGCGCCGGGAGAGCUGAUUUUCACGACAAACGAACUCUUUGCGACCGCUGGGCCGGCGGGAUUCGCGACUGGACCCUCACCGGCCUGCGCGGGACCAAUCGCCGGUUUCUACGAUCCAACAUGUAUGAGAUCUUCUGCUCUGUAA